AUGGGCUGGGUCUACAAUCUGACCGUCCCUGAUCCCCACAGUCAUGUCUCUCGCGUCAUUGCCAUCUGUCUCGUUUUCUCGAUUACGGCUUGUUUGGCGGUCUUCUUGAGAUUGUAUAUUCGCAUUCAUACGAAGAGGUCCGCCUGGUUGGAUGAUUUCGCGGCGCUAUGGAGUGCCUUGCUAGCGAUGACGUAUGCUGGGAUUGCUGUUGCGCAAACAAGAUGGGGUCUAGGUCUAGAUGCGAAGUAUUUCCCUGAUCAGAAUGUGGUCAUGUUCAGCAAGAUCCAAUACGCCGGUGGCCCCGUCUACACCCUUGCAUUACUCGGAUUCAAAGUCUCCCUGCUGUCAUCGUACCUGCGCAUCGGGGGCUUCGUGCAGGCCUAUCGCGUGACGAUCAUCGUGGCUAUUGUGGCGGUGACGUGCAACCAGUUGGUGUUUACUUUCUUGCUGUUGUUUGCUUGUAAUCCGCUCUCGCAGGUACACACACCACCACAUGCAACUAUCUUAAAUCAGAAGAAUAUACUAAAGAUGGGAUCAGGAACCAGUCUCGGCUUCGACAUAAUCAUAAUUGCCCUGCCCCUCCCCGUCCUCCUCACUCUCCAACUGCGUCUUCGCCAGAAGAUAGCCCUCGUCGGCGUCUUCGCCCUCGGCUUCUUCAUAACAAUAAUCCAAAUAAUCCGGAUCUUCACAAUCAAGAACCUAAAAACCUACACGGACAGCCAACCCAUCGUUAUCUGGUCGGAUGUGGAAAUCAGUUUGGGCGUAUGUCCCCAUCCAACUCCCCCUUCUUACCUUUACCCCUUCUUACCUUUACCCCUUCUUAGCACAAUCCAUACUGAUGUUGAUAUGUUGGCAAAGGUAAUAAUAACCUGCAUCCCAACCUACGGCCCGUUUUUCCACGCCUUCGCGUCCACCCUAUCGUCCAGUUACAACAACAACCGCACACAUACCACCAACAACACGUACAAUAACCCGCAUAAUACCUACGCUACACUUACAUACUUGACGUCGCCAACGACGACGACGAGUACGUCGUAUCCGCUACGCAAGACGCAGACACGGAAUACCACUGCUAGUUCGAUAGUCACCAAUAACGGGGGUCGGAAGAAGAGUCGUGAUCUAGUGGAUGCGAGUCUGGAUGAGGUUGCCCGGGGAUUGGGCAUGGGUGGAUUAGGGUUGGGGCUGGAGAGUGGGAUGUUUUUUGGGACGGGUGAAAAUGAGGAGGGGAGGUCGGUCUCGAGUAGGAGUCGGAGUCGGAGUCGCAGUCGGAGUAGUUGUGGUGGUGGUGGUGGUGGGAGAGGGAGGAGCUGUAGUCCGAGUGGUGGGUAUGGAGGGGUGUGGGAUGGGAGUGGGGUGGCGCCGACGACGACGACGAUUUGUAGUUUGCCGGCUGUGGCGAGGGUGAGGGAGGGAGGGUUUGGGAAUGGUGGUUGUGUUGAUGAGGAUAUGUUGGAGGCUGGGGUUGGGGGAGGGUUUGGGGUGAGUGCGGUUGGGGGUGGGAGCUCGAGUAGUAUGGUUACGGGGAGUGCUGGGGUGAGUGGGAAUGACAAUGGGAAUGGGAGUGGGUGGAGGAUUCAGAAGAUUAUGGAGGUUAGGGUUGAGAGGGAGUGA